UCAGGAGUGUAGUAGGUCAUGAUUAUGGUUCCCGCAUCAUAUGCAAGCUUUGGUCGGUGGUGCCGUCAGUUUGGUGCCGUUACGAUUCUAUAUUUACUGACAGCUAUGUGCGACAGCGAUUGGCACAACUGAGGGAAUCUCACAAACCCAAGGACCGUGUUUGCGUAGCGAAAUGGUGCAGUGCUGCGUACCAUUCUGCAAGUCGACACCGGGCCCAUCGAACAAUUACUCGUUUCACGAGUUUCCCGUCACGAAGAUUCGUGUCGAGUGGCUACGACGGAUCGCUCGCAAAGCUAAUGGCACGAGUAAUAAACCAUGGUGCCCAAGCGAUCGAAGCAAAGUGUGUAGUCUGCACUUCCGCGAGGAGGACUUCCGCCGGGAUCUCAAAAUACGCCGUCUCCUCCCAAAUGCUGUGCCGUCCAUAUUCCCAGGAUACCCUCCCGAGAUGCAAUUGGCCCGUCGCCUGUCCCCGCAAAAGGGCGAUGCACUGAAGCUGCUGGAAACAAGCUCGGCCACUGAGGAAAGCGUUGCUAGGCCACAAAGAGGACGCAAGAGAAAGCGGUAUACAAUUAGCAAGCACGCCGGAGUGCCACAGACAUGAAUGAAGGACCACAGACUGUCUCGCUGCAAUAGAAGACAUGAAAUUCGGAGAGUGGAAAAAAUUUCGACUUUUUUACGUGACUGGGUAGUAGUGCGCAGCUGAAAUGCCCAACCGGAUUUCUAAACAUUGACAGGGAACGCAGCACUGCAUUUGCCAAUAAUAAGCAUGUGACACUGCUACAGAUGACUCACUAGAAAGAAGCGAUUUCAUAUUGAAGCUCGGAAUGAUCAUGCGCUGCACCACACAUUCAUUGACCGAAUUGCGCUGCACUUCUAUCACUUCUUCUUUCUCUUCAUUUUAUAUGUAUGCAUAUAAAAUUCUGGCUGCAUCAAA